AAAAACAUGCACGACAGCUCUUACGAAAUAUCUCAAGACAGAGGUUUAAAACAAGCAGUGCCAUCUAUUUGUGGAAAAAGAAGCAGAAUCAAUCCUGUAGGCUGUUAUGUAGCCUGUGAACUGCCCGACAUGGAGAAAGUUGCCUGACGCCCCGGGAUCUGUGCCAGUUCAACCGAACUUCCUCUUAGUUUUCCAGACUUGGCAAUCGCUAUAAAAGCAGCAAUAGAAACACAAGAGUCGUGAGUACGAGUAGACAAGACAUUGCACGAAAACGUAGCGUUGUAAAACGUAAGCCUAUAUUAUAUAACUAGACAACGACAUUCCCACACAGAUAUGAAGAAUUUUAUAGGAGUAGUCAUGGCGCUUGCACUUCUGAGAAUUCAGGGGAAAAAGCCAAGUAACGGUUAUUGCGUUGGUGCGAAAUGCUUUACUGUCUAUACAGACAAUGUGGACUUUAAUUCGGCACGAAAAUCUUGUCGGGAGAAGGAGGGACAUUUAAUGACCGUACGAACGACUGUGGCAGACAAUGUAAUUUCAGAUCUAUUGACUGGAGUUCAGGGAAGCUUUUGGAUUGGUUUACGAUACACGGAUGAGAGCUGCUCUGACUCGUCGCUUGAUCUGAAAGGAUACUCAUGGAUAACGGGAGAUAAAAGAACUAACUUUACAAACUGGAAAAGUACUGAGAAAGUAUGCUCCCAGCGCUGCGUGUCACUAUCCAAAGAUGAUCUAAAAUGGACGGAAAGACAUUGUAAUGAUGCAAUUGAAGGAUAUUUGUGUGAACACAAUAAUGCUAUUAAGUGCGAACGGCUUACGUCCGCAUCAACGGUUCUGUAUGAAACCCCUUUAGGAUUUUCAAGAGAGGAUCUCAUUGAAGUUCCCCAAAGAACCAAUGCAACGCGAAAGGAUUUGGGAACAAAACACACGUGUGUAGAAGGUCAAUGGUAUGCUGCACCUUGGAACUGUGAAAUUUAUAAGGGUGGGUGUAAUCAUAGCUGCAUCAAGAAGAAUGAUGCAUACAUUUGCACCUGCCCACCUGGCUACAGACUUCAAAGUAAUGCAGUCAGUUGUUCCAAAGCACAUGAUGAUCCAUGUCUACAUGCAAGUUGUUCACAUGAAUGUUCAGCAAUGGGAGAUGACUAUGAAUGUCAUUGUAAACCUGGAUUUCAACUCAGUGGAGACAGAAAGACUUGUAAGGACAUCAACGAGUGUGAUGAUGAUAGACUGUGCCCAGGAGAAAAUUCCCACUGUGUCAACACUGACGGAGGCUUUGAUUGUCGUUGUAAAGAUGGCUUUAAGAAAGGAAAGGACACUUGUGAAGAUUAUGAUGAAUGUGUAUCUGGACCAUGUGAACACAUAUGCAUUAACACUGAAGGCAGUUAUUACUGUGAAUGUGGUGAGGGAUACAAAGUAUCAUCAGAGGACAAAGAUAAAUGUGCACUUUACUGUCAAGACUGGGAAUGUCCAGCUGUGUCCUGUGACCCUAACAACCCAUUUCAGUGUGAUUGCCCACGUGGGUUCAUUAUAGAAGAGAGGUCAACAGAAUAUUUUUGUAUUGACAUAGAUGAAUGUGAAAUGUUUUAUUGUGAUCAGAUUUGCAAUAACACUGCUGGGGGUUAUAUUUGCUCUUGCACUCAAGGUUUUAAUCUUAUUGAUAAUACUCAAUGUGUGCAAAAGGAAAUUGUAGAUGGAUCAAGUACCACAACAACCUUUGACAUCUUUUCACCUACAAGCAGGUCUCCAACUGAGAUACCAGCCAUCUCAGCUGGAUGUCUACUUGGAAUAACUCUGUGCAUCAUUGUGGUGAUUAUAGUGAUGGUCUGUCUCAUUCUUUGCAUUUUGAAGCAUCAAGGAAAAAUAGAUAGGUACAAAUUCCACAAUGAAGUUUGCAUAGUUUGCAACAAGUGACCACAGAAACAUACUCCAAAAAAUUUGUCUCAAGUAAAACAUCUGACACUAAGCAUCAGGGGAAAGAUUAGGUAUGGAGUUUGAUAUUGACUGCAUGAAUAGUUCUCUUGAAUUAGACACAGUUGGGAUUAUUGAAAAACAGUGCAACAUCUCUGGUACAGAGAAUUCUUAAACACUGGAAGGAGAUGGGGCCUGUUGUUCUAGAAUUCAUUAACACCUGGAUAAAAAACCUGGUUUAGUCAUUGGCUCAAGUAAAUUUAAAAGUAUUUAAUUUUUUCUCCCCAAUAGAAAUGAAAAGUUUUACUACUUUGAUUUGCAUCCUGAAUGUUUAAAUGUUUUUGGCAUUUGGUGUAAUCUUAUAUUAAGUAAAUGUAUUUAUUCCAAUUGCUGCAAAACAUUUCCAAUUACGGCUGCUGUGAAGUGUUGUGAAGCAUAUAUAUAGUCUAUGUACAAGAUAUAUGAUUUUACUGAAACUAGAGAGCUACAUGACAGACCAAAUUGUUGUAAGUAUAUUAUUUUAAAGAAACCAAAAACAUUAAAUAAUGGUUUGUUUAAUAUGUGCAUCAUGGGACACCUGUUGGUUUAGUUGUAUGUUUUAAGCAUUGCCUUUUAGGGUUUUCUACACACCUCAGAUUUGUGUCUCAUCAUUACAGAAUAAGCAGUUUUAUUGAAUGAGACCACUGACCAAUCUUAGUAACAAGGUUAGCAAGAAAACGUUUUAAAAUGUUUAAAUGUUGUUAAUGAGGUGAGUUUUUAUACACCAGUAAUGGCCAACAGGUAUGGGGUGCCACACUGCUGCAUAACCCAUUUUUUCUACUUUAACCCAUUUCAUCUUAUGAAGAGUUUUAUUAAAUAAGCCAGGUAAAGCAGAGCAGAUACAAUAUUAAACUGCAUGGCGCUGUCAUGAACAAAGAUUUGGCCUGAGUAUUAUGGCUAUACACCAUUUCUUUUAAAGUUAACUCAAUAUCCUUUACCCAACCCACUAAGGUUAGGGUUAGGGUUUAAGUAAGACUCCACUUUACCACUGGAAAACCAAAUCCACAAAGUCAGAAAGAUGAGUUUCACUGGUAUUAUCAGCAGACUACAUGUUUUACAUGUUAUUAGACUAAUGUAAUAAUGUAUGUAAUUGAAUAGUGUCAUAUGUAUUAAGUGCUAUUAAACAUUACAGUUAUUACCUUUUAUUUUAA